AUGGGGCAAUACUUUGAUGUCAUCGCGCCCAGGCUGCGACAGAGAGUGGACUGGGGCGGGAAACUCGGUGAGAUCCUUUUUGGUGGAACUGCUGCUCCUCUCGUCUACCUGUUUGCAAGGCCCAUCAUCCCUCCUACUUUCACAGAGCAUUGUUGUACUCCAGAACAGAAAGGCCAUGGCGCAAUGACUCCCAGUGCAACGAUUGCAACUACACCCAAGAAGCGCGCCCACAAUGCCGAUCGGCCAGCGGGGGGAGAGGGAAAGGGAACAGAUGAAAAAACACCUACUCAAUCCGCCAAACGAUCUCGUUCCAGCCCACAUCUCCUGACGCUCCCCGCCGAGGUCCAUUUAUGCGUGCUCAAGUUGCUAGAUGUCGCGGAUCUAUGCAAUCUCGGUCUAACUUGCUGUUACUUCUGGUCAAAUGUCAAGCCCGAGAUUGGAAAGUUUUUCGCUGGGGCCCUAGGAGUCUGGGCAGGAAUACCCGUUGUUUGCAUCGGUGAUGAGAGCUCGACUGGUGAGGGUGCGUACCCCCAGGGACUUUUGGAUGAGGAUGACAAGGACGAACUCAAGGAGGGCCUAACAGGCAAGUGGGCUGGACAUCAGCUUGAUAUCGUUCCACUGGAUACACUCAACAAUGAGGACGGUUCCUGGAAGAAGAUUGAUGUUGAGGUGGCAAAGGAAAUUGCAGAGAUUUGGGAGGCUAAUUUGGGUGAGAACUGGCGGGAGCGAAUUAUUAAGCAGGAGGGAUAG